UCCACUGUGAAAUCUCAAGAAGAAAAAAUUGAGCAGCUUGAGAAAUCAAUUACUGAAGAUUAUGUUCUUAAAGAAGUUUACACCCAACUACAAAAUGAACUAAAGGAGAAGUAUGUUCAUAAAGAUAGUUAUUUAAAUCUUCAAGAAAAACUGGAAGAGGAAUGUAGAUGUCAUGGUGAAACACAGGCCAAGUUACAGCUGGUUUUUGAAAAAUUUGAAGAAAGUCUUCAACAUAUUUCAUCACUAGAAAACAAGCUGAGUGAAACAACUGCUUCUUUAAAUCUUGAAUGUACUGCCUUACAAAAGGAGAUAUCAGAUGUAUAUUCUCAAAAUAAUAAUCUUCAAGUACAACUCCAAGAGAAAACUGCUUUGUGUGAAGAGCAGUUGGCCUUGAUUGAUCAGAAACAAAUGGAGAUAGAAGAACUAGUCUCAAAGCAUCACAGACAAAUGUUAAAGUACAAACAAAAAGUGAGUGAAACAGAAGUUGUGAAGCAGCAGGAGGCUUACCUUAGCAGGGUAUUCAGUAACUCAGAUGUAAAGAAACAAAAAUGA